AUGGCCUCGCUCCUCAGCGGUGCUGGGACGGAUUGCGGCCCUAGCAAUCCGCUUCAGCAAUUUCAGAAACAGCUCAAUAAUGACAGAGGCAUCAGUCAGGAUCAAUUCAGUCGACCCGAUACUGGCCGAGCGCAUACAGGCUCUAGCUUCCGCACCUAUCGUCGUGCGCAUGUCGGAAUCGCGACAGACGAUGCCGCUCGCUUCUUUGCCAGCGCUAGCUCGUCAGCAGCGCCAUACGACCUGGCUUCAUUGCAAUCUGCUCUGCAGGUGCAGUCGCAUCCUCAGCAAUCAGCAGUGCCAGCCUGGGCGAUGGAUUUUGCAGCUCACGAAGUAAAUGCGCUACCAAGACACGAGGCGUACACUCAGGCAUUCCAUGAGUCGUCUGGUGGGACACAAUGGCAGCAGGAUUCUGAAAGUGAUGCCUUAGCAUCGUCCAAGCUUCCCUCAGCCGACCAGACACAUAUCAUGGCUCUGGCUCGCAUGGACAGCAGCUAUUCUCAAGCGAAUACACACCUUGGUCCACAUCAUCCCGCGCUUCGAUCGCACCCUCAUCAGAUGCUAGACUUGCAUCGAUUCCAACACAGCUACUCGGCACCACAGCCUACAAGCUCGAGUGUCGUGUCGCAAAGUGAGCAAGUGAUAGAUGCGCUACUUAGAGCACAGCGUACUGCGGAUUGGGAAGCUGCCUUCAAGGGAUUAGAAGACUCGACAACGCUCUCACAGGCCGAGAAGGCUUACAUCCACGAGUCUCUCACAGCACGCCCGAUAUCACCCCAAAACAAGGGCGUUGACAACGAUGAUCUCGCUCGUACGGCUGGCGAGUUGCUUCAAGCUGUCCGUGCUGAGCAGUCUGCGAACCCAAAAUUUGCGAGUUCAACUUUCAUGAGUCUGAUGCGCAAGCUACGCGAUCACGAAGUCGCGGUCGAGGGUAAUAAAGUCAUAGAACAAGUAUUGCCCGUCGUCAGCUCGGAUAAGCAAAAGGGCAAAAUGCGGUCACUCGAUCAAGACGCACCGGCCCUGGCGACCACCUCUGAACUCGAAGUAAGAGGAUCUGGCGCCACUCCGAUAUGCAUCACGCAGUCCACUGGAGCGAGUGCGGCGCAAUUGCGCGGAAAUGUACCGACAGUCGAUGAUUGGGCAGCUGAGCAAGCGCGCGGCAUGAGGGAGAUGAACGGCAUCUGGGAUGAGGAAUAUGCGGGUCGAGCAGCGAGAGAACGAGAGGCGCAGCAGCGGUGGCAGAAUAGACCGCACUUUCAAGGCGACGGCGGUCUUCUCGUGGAGGAAGAGGCUCGUAAUGUCUUGCUAGACAGUCAGACGCCAGGCGCGAGUGUCAAUUGGGAAGAAGAUUUUGAUGCAGCGAGCAUAGUUGGCGCACCGCAGCCUGCCCAAGUUUCGCGCCGGCUGCCAGUGUCGGCACAGCAAGCCGAAUGGGAGACCUUGCAGCGCAGCUGGGACGAAUACGAAGCGACCGCUUCCGGUGUCCGUCAGCUUAAUCAAACUCCAGGUCCGGUUGUUACUUCUGAAGGCAUAUAUCGAUUCCAACCAAGCAAUCCGUUCAUCAAGAAUAGACCUUUGACGCAGCAGCACCGCGUGCACACCCUGGGGGGCCGUUUCGAAGUGACUCCGUACGAAUCCAUCCUAGAGAAAGAGGCUGCCUGUCAGGAGAAUCCCGAAAGCCCUCUGGCAUGGAUGGAGCUCGGCAUGAAGCAGCAGGAGAACGAGCGCGAGGACAUGGCCAUCAGAGCGCUCGCCCGUGCACUCGAGCUCGAUCCACAGAUGUCCCCUGCUUGGCUAGCACUGGCGGUAAGUCACACGAACGAGAACGACAGGGCAAAGGCCUACGAUGCGAUACAGCAUUGGGCGCUCUCACGCGACGAGUACGCCUCGACCGUGUCUGCGUACGCCAGCCAGGCUGGUAAUCGUCCGACUUCAUCGUCCAUGAUCGAGACACACAGCUGGCUGACUGGACUACUUAUUCGCAUGGCCCAAGCCUCGACGACACAUUUCGAUGCAGAUGUGCAGAUUGCGCUGGGCGUACUGUUCAACAUCAGUGAGGACUACGACAAGGCAGGCGAUUGUUUCGCCUCUGCUCUCGCGACUCGACCAGAGGAUCCGCUUCUAUUCAAUCGGCUGGGCGCGACAUUGGCCAACAGCGGCAAGCCCCGAGAGGCGAUCGAAUUCUACAACAAGGCGAUCGAACUGCAGCCCGCAUACGCACGAGCGCGCUACAACCUUGCUGUAUCGAGUAUCUGCUUGUCUUCCUACGACACUGCGGCGGUGCACCUCCUGCGGGCUCUGCAGUUGCAAAACACAGAGGCUGCUCAAGAAGCGGCAGAUAGCGCAAGCAUCUACAAGCCUGCCGAUUCCGGUGCAGUCACGAGUGAAGCGCUAUGGUCGACUCUUCGCAUGGUGUCAUCCUUGUGA